AUGGUUGCCGAGAGACUGAAGCGUGCGAGUGCUGUACCUCGCUGUGGCGAUACGGUACGGCCAGAAAAAUUUUAUUAGUAACACAUAACUGUAUGUAUUAGAAAAAUGUUAAAAUAAUGUCUACGAGCCCCUUACCACUUCAGCUGGCCCACUUCAAGAUUUGUACCAAAAUAUGCCUUUAUAAACUAAACAUGCCGAAACUAUUUACUUCUAAAACAAUUUAUUUUCUCAAAAACAUUUCAGAUACAC